GUUUCCCCUCCCCCUUCCCUUCUCCGGUUGACUUCCCGGGCCCCCUACACUUCACAGUCCUGGUCCCGCCAUGUCCCAGAAACAAGAAGAGGAGAACCCUGCGGAGGAGACCGGCGAGGAGAAGCAGGACACACAGGAGAAAGAAGGUAUUCUCCCUGAGAGAGCUGAGGAGGCAAAGCUAAAGGCCAAAUAUCCAAGCCUAGGACAAAAGCCUGGAGGCUCCGACUUCCUCAUGAAGAGACUCCAGAAAGGGCAAAAGUACUUUGACUCAGGAGACUACAACAUGGCCAAAGCCAAGAUGAAGAACAAGCAGCUGCCAAGUGCAGGACCGGACAAGAAUCUGGUGACUGGUGACCACAUCCCCACCCCACAGGACCUGCCCCAGAGAAAGUCCUCACUCGUCACCAGCAAGCUUGCGGGUGGCCAAGUUGAAUGAUGCUGCCCGGGGCUCCGCCAGAUCCUGAGACGCUGCCCUCCUGGGUCCUGUGCUGGCUCCUGCCCCUCCCUGCUUUGGCAGCCAGGGGUCAGGAGGUGGCUCGGGUGCGGGCUGGAGAGGCAGAAGCC